CAAGUCUUCAGAACAAAAAGUUUCCUCUGUGAAGACAAAUGUUUGGCCUCUUUCUCCCGGGGCUGUGUGCAUACAGAGAUCCGAGAAGCGCGUUUUAUGUGUGACCGCACGGAGGGUUGGACAAAUUGAAGGAGCAACAGGAGGCGGCAGAGACGCUUUCCAGAAGAAGCAAGGGGAGAGAGAGCGGGAAGGAGAGAAAGGGAGAGAGAGAGACUAUCUCACUCUCCCAGUCGUAGUUGCAACCGGAUCGCAUCCAGCGUCUCUCUCGACACCGCAAUAGCAGGACAAUGUCUAGUAAAGCGACUUUAGCCUUACUCAUCUAUGGAAUCAUAAUGCACUACAGUGUCUACUGCUCACCUCUCGGGCUUAACUAUCCUAACCUUAGACUUGAAAAUGAGGUUUAUGACGAGGAUGGGAAUUCGUUACCGGACUUGGCUUUUGACAGUGAUCAAAUUGCUAUAAGAAGUCCCCCGUCUGUGGCUGACGAUUUGUACACUUUAUACUACCCACCGGAGAAAAGAACGGAAAGGCAUGCAGACGGAAUGUUUAAUAAAGCCUACAGGAAAGCGCUGGGUCAGUUAUCAGCAAGAAAAUAUCUCCAUUCUCUGAUGGCAAAGCGUGUAGGUGGAGGGAGCACCAUAGAAGACGACUCAGAGCCCCUGUCAAAGCGACAUUCGGAUGGGAUCUUCACAGAUAGCUACAGCCGCUACCGAAAGCAAAUGGCAGUCAAGAAAUACCUGGCGGCAGUCCUUGGGAAAAGGUAUAGACAGAGAUAUAGAAACAAAGGACGCCGGCUAGCGUAUUUGUAGCGUUGCUAACCCAAACUAACAUGUGUGUACAGCCCAGAUCAAGUCAUUUUGAGAUAACUGAACAAUCAAUCAGUGGAUCGCUCUUGUGUUCUUUAAACAUGUAUUUAUGUAUGAAGUAAAGCCAUUAAAAUGAAUAUUUUGAUAAUAAUAUUGUUUUUCUUUUGUACUUUAGCACUUGAGAACGCACAGAUCUACUUUAUGGACCAAUCUUUUUGUUCAACCUAAAUAUAGCCUAUAUUUAUUUAUUUUUUAGACCUACUUAUAAAAUAAGAUUAAAUUAUGAGCAAAUGAUCAAUAUGCUCUUUACCCUGUCUUUUAAACAUUUAAAUAUAUGAAUGUGAGGAAAAUAAAUAGUUUAAAAGACAAUUAAUGUAUUGAAUGUUAAUUUUUGGCAACUGAAAUUAAGAGAUUAGUGUCUUUAUUUACAACAGCCCUGAAGACUUAGGUUUUCACCAUAUUCUACAAGACAUAGACUUUGAUGCCCUCCCGGAUGGGGAUGAGUUUGAGGCUAUUUUGGGAGACUGGCUGAAACAGUUCUCUCCCGAAUUUCCGGUGAGUUCCAGGCUCUUUCCCAAGGCCUUGUCUUGAGGGAUGUCUCCUGUCUCUCCCUCUUUUUCUCACCGUAACCUAAACCUGUGAUCUUACACUCCAAAUACUUUAUACAACCCAAUCGCCUCCUUUCCUCAUUUGUGCUCCUGUCUCUCUAGAGAUACUGUAUCUACUAUAUUCACACCUAUAUAAUGCAUGUCAAGCAUGCAUGUACAGAAUAUGUAUGAACGUGAAUAUAGAUGCAUAGAUAUGUUAUACACAUAAAACGUGUGUUGAUAUACUUUAUAUAUUUUUAAAUUCCCCAUAAAUAUCCUAUCAGAGGCUGUAGGAUAAUAAUGUUAUGUCAAACAGUAUUAUAAAGAAAUUAAUUAUUUAAGACCAAAACAGACAUGACCCAACUGGUUUUAGAAGCCUUACAUAUGGUGGUAACCCAGCCACUAAAGUGAAAUACUUGUUAGAAUGACCCCUAUAUGACCCCGAUAUAAGAUGAGGACCAGAGUGCUUUUGAGCUUUUUCUUUUCUUCCGGUUGUUCUUCUUCAGUGUUAACGAAAAUAAGCGUACACUUUUGAACUUUGUGCAAAGUAUCUAUCUUGUGUUCCUCUCUAGUGCUAUCCGUGUGUUUUGAAAAGCUCUUGAAAACCUGGAAUGCUGUUAAAGGUUUUCCAUAUGUCUCUUCUCGCCACAUAAGAAGUAUCAUGAACAUAGAAUAACCUAGAAUGUUAGCAGACUCAAAAGAAAGAAAGAAACAAUUCAGACCGUUUCGACUAACGUGAUACUUUUUAUAUGGCUUCAUUUAAUUUCACAAAUGUUGUUAUUUUUCAUGAGGAACAUUGCAGAGGUAAUCUGAAGACGUAUGUGUUGCACCUUCCUGGUUGCUUUGCUGUGCUUCCCCUCUAUUGUUAUGUGAACCAAUGUAAAGCUAGACUGCAUGAUUAAAGUAAUUGCACUAGCCACAAAAUCUGUGCAAACUACUGCAA